AUGUCUAGAUUAAUAAAAGCGGCAUUAUUAUGUGCGUAUUUAACUGUCAUCUAUCAAUACAUACAAGCUCUAUUACAGCCGGAGAUACGUGAAGAAAUAUUAGAAUUAAAUUAUAUGUUAAAAGAUCCAACAUUGAAGAGGUUGGAAAGAGAAAUGAAGAAGAAGAGAGCUAAGAAAGUUGCGUUACAGCUAGAAAUUCCUACGCGACUGCCUACUGAUUAUAAGUACAUAUUAAGGUACACGAAUGCCUUCUCGCAUAGAUCCACGAAAGCGAAGGCUGGACAAGAGGAAUUUAUCAUUAAAAAAUGUAAACACAUAAAUUGUUAUCUCACAAACGAUAAACGACUGCUAUUUAAUUUCCAAUAUUACGAUGCUAUAUUGUUUGAUGUUGAGAAUACUUGGGACUACCACCCGCCGGUUAGGAGUCCCCAUCAGAGAUACGUAUUUAUCGCGUGGGAGUCGGCUCAAGACAAUCCGAUAUGUAGCAAGUUGUUUGAUGACUAUUAUAACCUGACAUGGACUUACAGACUUGAUUCCGAUAUGAAAUGGUCCUACUUCACGAUUUUUGACAAAAACGGAACGAUUGUUGGACCUAAUAUUGAUAUGAAAUGGGCGAAAACCAUGAACGAUACGCCGGAUGUUGUGAAAAGUAAAUUGGUUAAAAAGAAGAAAGUUGCCGCUUGGUUCGUGUCUAACUGCGAUGUUAAAAGCAAGAGAAAUGAUUUGUAUCAACAUCUGUAUGUCGCAUUUGAAAAGUACAACAUGUCAAUUGAUACUUUUGGGGUGUGCGGGACGAAACAAUGUCCCAAGGACAGAAUGGAAGAAUGUUUAGACUUGGUUGAGAGGGAAUAUUAUUUUUAUCUCUCGUUCGAGAACUCCAUAUGUGAAGAUUACGUCACGGAGAAGGUUUUGCAUGCGUUUUUGCAUUAUUCCGUGCCUAUUGUUUACGGUGGAGCUAAUUAUUCUAGGUUUUUACCACCAGGAUCAUAUAUAAACGCAUAUGACGAAUCUCCAGAGAGAGUGGCCGAUCUCGUGUACGAAGCCGUGAAAAACAGAAAAGUUUAUGAAAACUAUUUUAGAUGGCACAACAACUACGUAUACAAACCUACAGAUGACAUUGGUGAUGUGUGUACGCUGUGUGAGAUGAUGAACACUCCCAUGGCUAACAGAUCGGUGAAGAAAUUCAGAAAAUGGUGGAACCCUGAAUAUAUAACCUUUAAAGCUGAUUGCAAAUAUUGAAAUGGAAAAAAAUAGAGUGUAAUGAACAUCGACAACCAAUUUUGAAUCACCGUAAAAUGAUCCAGCUUAAAUGUUUCGGUCUAGAUAUAAAUUGAUAAAAUAAUCAUAAAUAUAUUUUUUAUCUUGAUUAUACAUAUAAUUUAUUGGAGAGAAAUAUUUUUAAUCGUUAAUAUUGUCUUUUUUAAAUUGCAACGGGUUCUUUAUGUUGA